AUGGAUGGAGCUGGGUACCACAAGCGCUUAACCAACGAAAUGCCGACAACGCGGUCACUUAGGAGUUGGCUUGAAGAUCAUCUUAACAAAGUUGGCAAGUGGGUUUACAGGCGGGAUGUCAACAAGAACGUACUGCUCAGUUUGGCCAAAUUAAACAAACCAAAGGCCAUUUACGCAGCCAACACCAUUGCUACACGCUACAACCAUCAACUCUAUUAUACACCACCAUAUCAUCCAACCUUGCAGCCGAUAGAGAUUAUUUGGGGCCUUUUGAAAUAUAGAAUUGCUGGAGACCCACCGAAAAGCGGAGCUGAUGCAGUGGAGAAGGUAUUGGAUGGCCUAGCUAGAAUUACUCCAGCUGAGUGGCUCGAUCGGUUUCGUCACGUACAGAAGAUUGAGGACGAAUAUGUUGCUCUGCAGAAAUCACUAGAAAAUUAA